ACGGCGGGCGGGCGCCGGCGCGGCCAGUGUGCCGCUCCUCGCACAGCCAUGACGACGCUCGCCCCGUACAUGUUCGCGCUCCUGCUGCUCCUGCCCGAUUGGCGGGUAGAAGCGUGUACUGGCCACGUGUUUCCCUCGGAGCGAUGUCGAGUGAGCGCGCGCAUCGAGUCGGGGACCGUGUGUGGCGUGGAACGAGUAGCUGACGGGGACGUCAAGUAUGCCAGCUUCAGAGGAGUACCUUACGCUAAGCAACCAUUGGGAGAACUGAGGUUUAAGGAGUUGGAGCCUGCAGAUAAAUGGGACUACUACUACGCGACGGACGAAGGGCCGGUGUGUUACCAACAUGACGUCUUAUACGGACGGCUCAUGCGGCCGCAGGGGAUGAGCGAGUCCUGCAUUCACGCCAACAUACACGUCCCAAUGGAAGCUCUCCCAGAGCAACAUCCUGACGUCAAACUGCCUGGCCUACCGAUCCUCGUGUUCAUACAUGGAGGAGGGUUCGCAUUCGGUUCUGGUGAUGCGGAUCUACACGGGCCGGAGUAUCUAGUCAGCAAGAAAGUCAUCGUCAUCACGUUUAAUUACAGGUUGAACGUGUUCGGCUUUUUAUCAAUGAACACGACGGCGAUCCCAGGCAAUGCUGGUCUGCGGGACCAGCUGACGCUACUGCGCUGGGUGCAGAGGAACGCGAAGGCAUUUGGAGGAGACCCCAGAGAAGUGACGUUGGCUGGUCAGAGCGCCGGAGCUGCGGCAGCACAUCUACUCAGCUUGUCCCCAGCUGCGGAAGGGUUAUUUAGAAGAGCUAUAUUAAUGAGCGGAACAGCAACGAGUUCUUUCUUCAGUUCCUCCCCUGCGUAUGCGCAACAUAUUAAAAACAUAUAUUUGCAAUUCUUGGGCAUUACCUCGACUGACGUAGAGGACAUCCAACGCCAGCUCAUCGAACUACCCGCCGAGAGACUGAACGACGCUAACACCAAACUCAUAGAUCAAAUGGGACUAGUGACCUUCGGCCCCACCGUGGAGUCACCUCUGCCGGGUGUCACCACCAUCAUAGAUGACGACCCAGAGGCCUUGCUUAGUAAAGGACGAGGGAAAAAUAUUCCUCUUAUUGUGGGUUACACGAAUUCUGAAUGUGAAACCUUCCGCAAUCGAUUUGAAGCAUUUGACCUUAUCACAAAGAUUGCAUCUAAAAAUUUUCUUGUAGUUCCACCAAAAUUAUUAUUCACGACUCCACCGGAAUCAUGGUCGAAUUUGGUAUCAAGAAUGCUCGGAAGAUACUCUGACGGUAGAAUGAAUAUGGAUGGCUUUGUAAAAUCAUGUACGGAGGGCUUCUACGAAUAUCCCGCGUUAAAGCUGGUACAAAAACGUGCGGAACUUGACGGCGCUCCAGUGUUCCUGUACCAGUUCACAUUUGACAGUCCGACCAGCAUUAUCAAGGAAGUCACGGGCUUAAGUUACGCAGGGGCAGCCCAUAUUGAAGACCUGACCUACGUGUUCAAAGCAAACUCAGUGCUUGAGGGACGGGAAGGGGCCCCGCAGAGCUUGGAAGACUUACGAAUGAAGAAUUUCAUGACGGACUUGUUUGUCCAGUUCAUGUCCUGCAGUAAACCGAUUUGCGACGACAAACGGUCUUUAUGGCCGGAGAACAAUGGAGAUCAAAUCGAAGUAAUAGAAGCCCCCGGCGUCUUGCGAACCCACAGCAGGUCGAUGAGACAGCUGGAAGUGGUGGACUUCUUCGACAACCUGCCCAGCAGAGUGAACGUGGUGUGGGUUCUGACAGGACAGAAUGUCAUCAGCCUGGCCCAGGGCAGGCUGCGAGGGAUCACCAAGGAUGGCUACGUGUCCUACACUGGCAUACCUUAUGCAAGUACCAUGUUUAUGAUUCAUGACAGUUUUUGGCUUUGGUCAAAGAAUUUAAUUCAAUUAACCCGUUAUGAGCCGGAACACAGAACCAUGCGAGAUACGAUGUAUUUUCUACUGUGUCUUGUUAUACCAGCAGUCAAGAGGUUAAAGUAUAACAGAUCGGUCUGGUUACAAAAUAGCAUCAUGCAUUUUCAGAGAGCAGGGAUCGCUCCACUGUGGUCUGACAUCAGAAACUCCAGGUCGCCAACCUGUUCCUUAGUGUCGGACGCUGAGCACUGCCUUCAACUAGAUGUCCAUGUACCGUCUGUCGUGGGCGGGAACUGGCCCGUGCUGGUGUGGGUGACGGGAGGUAGCGGCCCCUACAGCCCCGGCAGAAUGGUGCAGGAGGGCAUCAUCGUGGUCAUUGUGCAUCACAGGUUGGGGCCAUCGGGCUUUUUAUGUUUACGAGACGAGAAUAUUCCUGGUAACGCCGGCGUGAAAGAUGCGGUGUUAGCAUUGCGAUGGGUGAGCGAUAAUAUAGUUGCUUUCAAAGGAAACCCAGCCAAAGUCGUUGUAGCUGGACAAAGCUUCGGUGCAGCCAUGGUGGAAGCCGCACUACUGUCUAACAUGGCCAGUGGACUAUAUCAUGGUGCUAUAUUGCAGAGUGGAAGUGCCCUAUGCCCUUGGUCUUUUAACUAUGACGCGGAAAAACGAGCCAUGGCUUUGAGUAAUGUGAAUGAGGCGAAAAUUGAAUUGGUGAAAUUCUUACUGGACACCGAAACUGAGGAUUUGGUGGCGAGAGGUAACAAACUAAAUGUUUCCUAUUUCCCAUUUGGAAUGUGCAUCGAAAAGCCUUCGAAGAAAGAAGAAAGGCUGAUGUUUGAAGCACCGCACGAUAUACUGGCGAGUAAGAAGAAUAACAUGGUGCCUAUGAUCAUUGGAUAUAAUAGUAACGAAGCCUACGUGUUCGUGUCCAUGCUGAGGGAGGCUAAUGUGUUGAGGAGAAUUUCCAAAUCUGUCACUUUCUUGUUGCCAGACGAUUUACACUUCAUAAAUGAAAGAGAACGAAGGCAAACUGGGAGACUAAUAAAGGACAUGUAUUUCAAGAACAAUAUGACGAUGGCUGCUGUGUUAGCGUACCACAGGGACGCCUACUUCUCCAGCCACAUCCACCGCAGCGUGCGUCAUCACGCAGCUACAGGGCCUGUGUUCUACUACCAGUUCUCAUACUCUGGUGUCUUUGGGGUUCAGCCAGAGCCUGGAGUGCCGAAGAUGGGAGCAGCGCAUUCAGAUGAACUGGCCUACUUGUUCUUUGAUGGAAAUCUUGAAGGAGAUGAUGGGAAUGUGCAGAAGCACGUCAUCAAACUAUGGACGAACUUUGUGAAACAUUUGAACCCUUCACACCAGGGUGGAGUAAAGUGGGAGGCUACACAGCCUGACACAUACCGCCUUCUGGACAUUGGCACCGAGCUGAUGAUGAAGGACUAUCCUCAUUCGAAGACAUCGCACCUCUGGGAUGACAUCUACGACAAGUACUACUACACAAGGAACCGGAUUUCGAAUUAAACAUCGUUUUACAUUAUGAAAUUUU